AUGCCGAAACGCAAAGCUAUCACCAGGAUAUCCGGCUUGGUCGACUCCGACAGCGACGACGACGUCGCGGACCCGGUCGCGUCGCAUGACGAGCAACAACGACCCACGAAGAAAGCUCGAGGCAGGCCCAAAGCAUCAGGGAUUAAUAAAACCGAGGAGCAGAGUACGGCAACAACAGCGUCUAGGCGCCAACGCCCUUCGUCCGCCGGUACCACGACGAAGCAAGAAACUACUGCUGCUGCUGCUGCUGCUGCGAAGAAACCUUCUGCCCGAGGGCGGCCGCGUGGCACAAGCGAGCAGGAAGAUGAUGAGGGAAACAAUGUGCUACCGGACGCUCGCCAGGACCAAGCGAAUACACCAAAAGACACGUCGCCGGCGAAGGCAAAGAAAGGCGGCCGAGGUCGCAAAGCAGUGAAGCAAGUCACCGACGACGGCGAAUUUGAGUACACACCAACGGGAUCGCGACAGUUGAAACCAACAGAUAUUCAAUCGAAAAAACGCGGUGCGCAAAAACCGCUCGAGACAAUUGAAGAGCCCGUGAUACCAGACAGUCAAGUUCCUCUUGCUGGAGGGAGUGAUGCAAUAUCGGAUGAAGAAGAAGAGGAGGAAACAGAGACAAUCGCGACCACAACUUCUCCACGAAAGUCUUUGGUGAAUGGUCACCAAGCGAAUCCACCUCGAAAGCGGCCAACGGUGACCUUUGCAGAUGCGGAGAAAACACCAUCGGAUCCGGAUUUGAGGCGGAAACUAGGCGACAUGACGAAAAAGUACGAGACGUUGGAAUCAAAGCAUCGCACUCUCCGAGAGAUUGGCAUUGUAGAAGCCAAUGCCAAUUUUGAGAAGAUUAAAAAACAGUGCGACACUGUCACGAACUCGUCAAAUAAACUCAUAGCGUCGCUAAAGGAAGAGCUUGCUGCGCAAAUAGUUCGAAGCAAGGAAUCCCGGAAUCUGCAGAAACAGCUCAAAGACCGCGAAGACGAGUCGAACAAUCUUCAAUCGCAAGUCGACGACCUUACCUCAGAGCUAUCCACGGCUCAGACAGAGAUAAAAACGUUGCAGACCAAGCUCGCUGCUGCACGCAACAACGCCGCCAGCGCCAAAACGCUAAACGUCGAAGCGCCCGGAAGCGCAGUCAAGGCCAUGGCCAAUCGCAAUGAUCGCAAUGCUGCUGCUAGUGCCAAUACCGAAGCGGCGCAGGCUGCUCAGCUUGCACAACUCAAGGAAGAUCUUUACGGUGACAUGACGGGACUUAUCAUCCGAAGCGUGAAAGAAAGAGAGGCAGACCAUUUGUACGACUGUAUUCAAACCGGUGUGAAUGGAACUCUACAAUUCAAACUUGCCGUCGCCCACGAAAGAGGAAGCAAAACGACAGCUAGUCUCGACACGGCCGAAUUCGUUUACACGCCAAUUUUAGAUGCAAAGCGCGACGCUGCCCUGAUAAGCAUAUUACCAGAGUAUCUCAGAGUUGAAAUUUACUUCUCACGGCAAAACGCGGCCAAGUUUUAUACAAGGGUGAUGGAUUCCCUGACAAAGCGUCGAAUUGAUCCCGAAGAGUAA